AUUAAAUGAAAAUAUGAUACCUGGAAACAUUAGAGAAGUAAGAAGAAGAAAAUCUAAAAGUAUUUCAAUUAUUGAUGUAGAAGAAGAUAUAUUGAAAAAAAAAAAAAAAAUUGAAGAAAUAAUAAUAAUUGAUUCAGAUUUGAAUCAAGAAGAUUUUCCAUUAGCUUAUUUUUGUUCAAUGUGUCGUGAAUUAUUUGAAAAUAAGCAAACACUUGACACUCACAUGUUGACUCACAAUGAUGAAAAAUUAAAUAACACAUGUAAAGAGUGUGAUCGAGUAUUUCGUAAUAAUAAAAUAUUAAAUCAACACAUGAUUAAUUUUCAUAUAUUAAAAAAUAAUGAAUAUAAAUGUGAGACAUGUAAUGAAACUUUUGAUCAUAUACAAAAAUAUAGAAAUCAUUUACAAGAUCAUAUUCCUCAUGAUGAUCUAAUAUGUGAAUAUUGUGAUGAUUCAUUUAAUUCAAAAAUGGAAUUAUUAGAACAUCUUCGUGAAAUUCAUCCUAGAAGUAAAAAAGUAAAAAACACAACUUGUAAUAUUUGUGGUAAUAUUUUAUCAUCAAGUCGUUCACUAAAAAGACAUUUAGAAAGUCAUAAUCCAACAAAAUCAUAUCUUUGUGAUUUUUGUGGUAAAUCAUUGAGUAGUAGUGAACAUUUAAAAAAACAUAGACGUAUACAUACUGGUGAAAAACCAUAUAUAUGUCAUACUUGUGGUAAAGGUUUUUCUGUCUCGGCAAAUUUACUUUUACAUAUACGUACUCAUACUGGUGAAAAACCAUAUAAAUGUGAUGUUUGUUCAAAAACAUUUUCUCAAAAAACAACACUUACUAUUCAUCGACGUAGACAUACUGGUGAACGUCCUUAUGUUUGUGAAAGAUGUAAACGUGGAUUUUCUUGUCGAGGAAAUUUAACUGCUCAUCAAAAAACUUAUUGUCUUUAAAUUAUUUUUUUUUCUUUAUUUAAAUAUUGUUUUGUUUUGUUCUUUUUUUUCAAUAAUAAUCAAUUCAUGUAUUAAUCUAUUAAAUAAAAUUUAAAUUGUA